UUUUUGAGAUAAUAGGUUUAAAAGUUUCGCUAAUAUGCGAAAGUUUGACAUUAUCAAGCAGUAAAACUGAUAAGUUCUACGCCUUAUGAUGUCAUGCAUAAUUAGUAGAACUAUCAAAUAUGAAUUCCUGGACAACCUUUAGGCUCUAAGCUUAAUUAGAUUUUAGUCCAAUACACAGCGCACAGAUAAAAACACAUCAAAUGUAUUUAUGUUUGCUCCAGGCUAGUAAACCUUGUUCGUAAUGAUUUUUGCGCAUGUGCGGAAGAUUUUUUUUAAAAAAGCACGAAAUUUAGUUCAGUUUUUGCUUUAAAACUUUAAAUUUAUUUUGAGUGGUAUCAUGGUUCAAUGAAAGGUAGAAUGCUUUAUUUAAACAGUAUCAUCUGCAAGAAUUUCAAUUAUUUUAGCGAUGCGCUAGUCUUAAAUUUUAAAAAUUUUAAAAUCGCAAAAAUAAGUUUCCUCAAAAAUAAUUUCUCCAACUACUGCGUUACUUAAAACUGGAUUUCCACUUCUCAGAAUGUUCGGACGAAAUAUGGUAAACACAUGCCCAGUAGAUAUUUUAACCAUUUAAAAUGGUAUGAAAUUUCCGAGUUUUUAAGUUUAAACUGAAGUCAACGUUUUUUCGCGUGCUGUUUGUAUCAACCAAUCAAAUCGUAGGGAGAUUGCUUUUUGUUUUGAUUUUAAAGCUGCAGGAUUUUCAAAAUGGCAGUUGACAUUGAGUGAGACAUUGUUUUGGUUUUUGUUGCGAAUUGGAUAUUUUCGCAGCGAAACUUACGUUCUUUAAAUGACAGCCGACAAAUCAUAACGACGUGUCAUUUUAUGGGCACACUGCCAGAGAAAAAAAUCAUGUGUUGAAAGUACUAUUAUCAAAAGGUGUAAUGUAAAUUAUUCUUUUCUCAGUUUUAAUAUCAACUAUGUGCAAAUUGAUAAUAAUAAUGCAGAUUUGAUAUGACAAUCUCUCUCCCCCCUUUUUGUCAUAAUCAAGAUUAUUGUCAUCAGGACUUUGUGUAGUUCAGUAUAAAAUUUUGCUGCUUCAAGAAUACGUUGAUAUUUUUUCGGCCUAAAAGACACGAAAAAUGAAGAAAUAUAACGGGUACAACAGACCAUCAAAGCAGUAUGUGAUGGAGAGCAUCUGAGUGGAGUGUACAAGUUAUGAUUAACAUCUCAAUCGGAGUAUUUAAAACAACAUUAAUGAAUUACAAAAGGAUAAUACGAUAUAGUAAAUAGGGAUUAGUUUUAAAAUAUUUGUAAACAUAUAAUGUAAUGUAAAUAAAAUGUGUGGUUUCAGAGUGGAAAUAAAAAAUGGAAUAGCUAUUUGCAGUGCAUAUAUCUGAAGAAAAAGAACAGCAGGUUAAUUAAUGGGAAAAGUAAAAAGAAAUGUCUACAGAGCAUAAUAAAGUCUCGCAAGUGAGAGUCACUGAAGAUUUGCGGGAUGGUCGAAUAUUACCAGUGUAUGAAGCUGUAUCUAUUGGUAACAAAAUAAAACCGAGAAAGUUUUCAGUUGUGGUGAACACAUACCUUCCACUGAAAGUGCUAGCAAACUGCUUAGACUGUGGAAAUAGAAUUGUUCAGUUUAAGAGUAUAUCCCGCGAGAGUGAGGUUAAAGCAAGUGUCGAAGAAGACCUUUUGAGACACACUCACAAAAUUGCAGUCGUUGCUACGAACAACCAGACAGAUAGAAAAGAGUUUUUGAUCCCGCAAAAUAACUCGACAACUUUCACUCAAAUAUCUUUCAAGUAUAUUAAAAUCGAAGAAAAGUUGUUCUACAAAUGCGUCACGGAUGACAAUGGCAUGGCCUUACUUAAGUUUAAGUACAGUAUUAAUGGGAGAAAUAACAUAGUUAGUUUAACCACGUAUUAUGUCGAUUCGUACACGAUGCGGUUGUCAAAGCAUUCUGAAUACAUCACAUUAAACGCAGAUCAAGAUUUCAAAUUUGAUAUUCUUUUAAAAAGCGGAAUCUUAUGUAUUAUAUGGCCGUACGAAAACAACUACACAAUCUUAAACUUGACUGACCCGAAUGCAAACUUUACGUAUUUCAAUAUUGAAGAAGAAUUACCAACAAAUUACACCGCUAAAUUGUACGGAUGCUAUUUGCAGAUAACGAUAAACGAUAGCGAUUUUGAAGACUCAGUUUUUUCUGUCAAAGACGUCUCCAAACGUCUUACGUUGUAUUAUUCCGUCUACACUGGUAAUAAGUUCGACAGCAAACGCGUUUUAGCAGACGUUUCCGAACUUGUUUACCUCGAUCAUCCAAGUGAUGUUAUUUUUGUGGAUCUACCUGGCUCACCAAUGUGGUUUAUUAUGGAAUGGUUAUUGCCUGAAACCACCUUGGGAAAGUUAAUAUUUUGUGGCGUUUCAGAUGGUUACGUGUCUUCUAUUUUAAAAGAAACAAAUUUAUCUGUUUUGUUUUCCGAAUAUAAAACGUUCUUUAAAAAAACAAACGAAAGUCAAAGCAGUAUCGAAAUAUGUGCUACAACAGUUCAAAUGUUUAUCUGGAUUUCUGCGCGGCAUAUAGCUGUGAUAAGUUUAACUAAUUUGCAAAUUGUAAGCAUACUUGAGUUAAGUACUAUAAAAUACAGUGACUUUAAAGGCGAUCACCAUAGAUUUGCUUUAAAAAUAUCUCGAGAUGGUAGAGCUGUUACAGCUUUCAUCAAGAAAGGAAGAGACGUUUUACACUAUGAACAUUUUGUGCUACCUGAGCUGCAAUCUUUAACAACUUUAUCAAUACACGCUGUUUUGAAGCUGUAUCCAAAGUAUUUAUUAGAGAAGCAAGAAUUGCCACCAUUACUAAAGUCUCGCUUACUUCAAGCGUAUUAAGCUUUAACUUGUCUUUAUACUCAUUAUGAAAAUAUAAUACCAAACACAUCCGA